AUGGUGUUAACCAUAACACCGGAGGAUUGGAGGCACGACAUCGUGCAAUAUUUGAAAAAUCCAAAUGGGUUACAUAGCCAACAAGUUUGGCAGAAGGCCCAAUAUUAUGUGCUAAGGGAUGAUAUAUUAUUCUGCAUAGGUUCCGAUGACUUGCUCAAGAAAUGUUUGGGCAAAAAGGAACAACUCGUAGCCAUGGCCGAGGUCCACGAAGGGAUAUGCAGUGCCCAUCACGCUGGCAUCAAGAUGCGGUGGCUUUUGAGGAGGCACGGUUAUUAUUUGCCGACUAUCCUCAAAGAUUGCAUUGAAUAUGCCAAGGGUUGUAAAGAUUGUCAAAAACAUGGGCCGAUCUAA